AGGACCAGCGAAAGCUGAAGAAGGGGUAAAUAAUCCGCGUGCGAGCCAUGCCAAUGCCUUCUUCGGUGCUGGCCAGUCGAAUCACCGUUGGUCGCGGCAUCGCUACUAAAAUCUCGGUUUGAAAACAGUAAUUUUUCACUGGUUCACUGCUCUAUUACAGUAACAAAACUUUGUGAAUAUUUCCCUUGUCUGAAUGAGUUUAAACGGACUAAAAAACGCUUUAUCGAUAAAACACUUUCAUCAGAGGAAUUAGUUGUUUAGUCGAAGACUACAGUGUGUGAUUUUAAACUGGUUUUCGUUAUAGAAUUUAAGGAUAUGCUAUUUUUCAUAUUAAUGUUUGCUAUUUAAGAGGAUUGAGGAAACAUGUUAGCUAUGGAAUAUGGCACCGUUGGCGUUCAGCAACAUAAGUAUGCCUGUUCGACUGUGUCUUCAGAUACACUCAGCGAAAGUUGUGGUAGUAGGAAUAAUAGAAUACGAACAGUCAGGCUGGUGAGGCCUUCUCAUGGACUUUUACCACCACCAGGAUUGAACUACCGCCAUGGUCCGUCUUUGGGCUUCAGUAUUAGAGGCGGUCGAGAACAUGGUACUGGGAUUUUUGUAUCUUACGUAGAAAUUGGAUCCGAAGCUUACAAUCAAGGCCUUAGAGUGGGAGAUCAAAUUAUCCGCAUUAAUGGGUUUACUGUAGACGAUGCGGUUCAUAAAGAAGUACUUCAGCUAAUAUCCAAUCACACUCAUGUAACGCUUAAAGUUAGAGGUGUGGGAAUGAUACCAGUUAAAGACCGAAGAACUGACACCUUGAGUUGGCAAAUCGUCACAGAGAGUAGUUCACCGAUCAGAGAAUCGCCACAGCUGGGAGAUAAACUUAGCGAUGUCAGAAUAAACAUAAUGGUGGCUCCUAAAAGCAAACUUGGCUGCGGGAUAUGUAAAGGUCCUGAAUGGAAGCCAGGGAUAUUUGUGCAAUUCACAAAGGAAGGAGGGGUUGCUAGAGAAGCAGGACUGCGACCUGGUGAUCAAAUCUUAUAUGCCAACAACAUUGAUUUUUCGGAUAUUCCAUUUAAUGAGGCGGUCAAUUUAAUGAAGUCUUCGCGACAGUUAAGCUUGAUCGUUCGAAAGUCGGCCGGCUCCGAGUUGUUUCCCGGUGAGUCAAGCGGCUACAACAGCUCGGCCAGCUCUGUUACCGGAGACCAAAGUCCCUCUUGGUCCGACUCCAAAAGACUUUCCAUCGUGAAAGAGGAGAAUUUGGAUUUGGGAGAACGACUUAACCAUUUGGACAAGUACAAAAACCUUGUAAAUGCAGAAAAAUGGGAUGCAUGGGAUGACGAGCCAGACGAGAAACCCCUAUUUAAGCCUACUAUAAUUAACUUGUCCGAAAAAGGAAGUAUCAUUCGCAACAAUGGUUCAGAUGAACCAGUCAUAGAAGAGUAUGAGACAUAUAAUCGCAGCAUUCCUUCACGAAGUGGUGGAAAUGGCUUAAGCAUACCUCCAAUGCCAACUAAAAUCAAUGGCAUUUGUGACGAGUUGUAUGCUGUAACACAAAAGCAAACCGAACCUAAAACAGUGGUGGUAGAAGUCCACAAACAAGAUCAAAACGAGAAUUACAAUGUACAAAAUGGCCAUUUGCAGUUAGGAAAAAGCGCGUCGACGAGUAGUUUCUGUAGUAUAGCCAGCAAGAGCAGCUAUACGGGUAGUUUUACAAGUAGCAUGACAAAUAGUAGUUUAUCUUCCGCCAUUACGCAAGAAAUUCAAAGAAGAGCACAGAAAAAAGUCACAGAUCAACAAGGUCCUUCUAUAGAUGAACAAUUGCAGAAGAAGAAAAUUUUGAUGAAUGUCAACAAUGAUCAUCAUUAUCAACAUAAUAAAUUAAUGGAUGAAUUCAAAAGAGCCCAUCAAAAGAUGUUUAAGCCAAACGAAUCUGGCGAUAAUCAAGAUAUACCUAACGAAAAUAUGGAUCGCAUAAACAGUAAUAUCAGCAACAAUGAAUUGUCGCAUAAACUAUCUGAAAGAUUGCUCACUUUACAAAAUGAAGAUAAAAACGAAUCAAAAAGACUGAAUUUAACUCAAAUUAAAUCCACCAAUUGCACACCACCACUGCCACCACCUCCACCAGAGAAAAAUGCCAACUUUAACAGCAGUACCAUUUCAACUCCAGCAUCGUCCAUUGCUUCAUCCCGAACAAAUACGCUCAAGCAGUUGAAAACUAACACAAGGGCUCCUCCAGUACCUACGAAAUGCUCAGUUCUUUCGUAUAACCAGAAUCGAGUGCAUACCAAUCAGCCUCCUCCGUGUCCUACCCCGGAUUACGACACAUUGAGUCUUGCCAGUACCGUUUCUAGUGGCGCUGCAGUGUUUAGGCGACCUGUUAGCCAGAAAAUCCUCAAAGACAAUAAUAAGGAAAUGCAGCCUACAGAUUCUUAUAAAUCUAGCAAUUCGUUGGACAUUAUGCCUAAGCAUCCAAGUACAAAUUGUGCAAAAACUAGUACCAUUAGAAAGUCAAGACCUAUAAGUGUGACGAUUGGGGAAUAUCCGUCCAUGAGAAAACAACCGGGUAAAUUGGAUUUUAUUCAGAAUGGCGGGAAAGACAGUUUAGACGUGAGACAAGAUGAAAGUUUGGGUAGUCGAUUGACAUCGGAACUGACGCAGACCUUGAAUAGGUCAAAUCUUAGAAAACGGACAGAAUCAAUGGAAAAUUUAUUGAGCGAGUCUCGAAUUCCCACACGAAUCAAGGCUCAAAACAAUGGCGGCGUUCGAAUUUCCUUGAAUAAUAUGUCUAAGGCGUUUACCAAAUCCACCAGUGAUUUAACUAAGUCAUCAGGAAAUGACAGGUACGAGACGAUGCCCCAUAGAAGAACAAGUCGCAUCACGGUAAACGCCAAUUUAAAUAAAAGCAGUGAAACGCCAAGCGGUAUAUUAAAAAAUGUAGCCGUCGAUUCAGGAAAGAACCUUACUGCUCAAAAAUCCAUCACGUUCGGAGAAAUGCCAAUCCUGAUUAAAGAAAAGACUCCUACGACAACAUGAACCUCCGACUGUUAGCUGCAGUGCAAUUGUGUGUACACUUUACAAAUAUUAAGCUAAGUCAAGCAAUUUAUAUAUAUUUUUUGUAUAAUUUAUUUUAAUACAUAUACGAAUCUAGGUUAUGUUAUUUAAAUUAAAACCAAUUUAAUAUUCGUGCCGAUUUUAAUUGUGAUAAUAAUUUUCCCAUCUACUCUGUAUUUAUUUUUAUAACAACAUUUAUAUUGCCAAUAAAAUA